UCAUCACACAAACGGUGGAUCAGAAGUAACUCGGAGAGGUGCCUUAAAACAGAAAGUCCUGAACACAAUUGUUGAACACAAUUGAGUUUUACACCAUGAAAAUUUUAUAUUCGUACAAACUAACUGUCUUCUGUUUGCUGCUUUUCACCGUAUAUGGUAGGCUAGUGUUGUAUGUGGAUUGUCGAUCGACUAGGAAAGACGAAGCAAAAUUUGUGGUGUCCCGAAAAACGGAGAAUUUUUUGAACAAGAUAGGCGGCAAUGAAUUCGCCCAAAAUUUGGUGAAUGCUGCUCCAAAGAACGUCGCCAACAUUUUGAGGGAAAUGGGAACCAAUGAAAACCAUCUUGAAACAUCAGAAAACACAGAAAAGAAGAAAAGAACGUUGCUCUGGACUUCAGCACGCAGAAAACGAUCGACGAACUCGCAAAGACAAAAUGGAAUACAGAAAUGCCACUCGGGGAGAGUAUACGUCAACCUGGCGAACUUUCAAAACGUUAUAGCACCGAGUGGAUUUUACACACACUACUGCGGGGAAACGUAUUCACUACCGAUUGGCAACAGUACUAUCGUUCAAACAUUGUCACGAGCGUUCGUGGAAGCCUACAAAACGGUGACGACAAUCCCACCAAAAGUUUUAGCAAACCCAAGCUGCUGCGUGCCGAAGAAAUUUCACAGCUUGUAUAUUUUGCAUCUCGAGGAAAAUGGCGUGACUACAUUGAAGCCUAUACCAAACAUCAAAGCUUCUCGAUGCGUUUGCAAAAAGCGACAAGGGAUUAUUGAAUAACGAGACCUGUCGCUCACAAUGGUUUAUAACGGACUGCAGAUUGAAAUUACUAAAGAGCAGUCAUAUGAUGUAUCUCAUAUAUACUAAUUCAAAUUUAAGAAGAGUAUUUAAAAUAACUUGCACUUUAAGUGCAACGGACAAGUUUCACAAUUACAGAUAUUUAGCAAUGUGUCCAAGAGAUUAUAAAUAGCAUUAACAACAGCAAGACCCUUCUUUAAAGUAAAGACGUAUAUGGCGUUUAAAUUAUUGAUUUUAAUAUAUAAUCUUGCAGACAGCCAUGAUAUUGCUGAUGCUUAAUGCUGACGUUUAUUCAACAAAGACGAUAUAUAGGGUACGUGUCUCAAGAUCAAUGGCACCGGAAAGAUUGUUUUUUUUAGGCAAAUCUCUCCAAAAUUGCUUUUGGAAGCUUUUCUUUUUCUUAUAUUCUUUAUUGUUCAAAAAUAAAGACUAUUGACUAAAAAUUA